AUGAGUGAAAAUAGCACAGUUAUAAGUUCUGAUUUCUAAACUGCGGAUGAAGCGUUGCAAAAAUUCAAUGAGUUUUUAGAGAAAUUACACUUAAAACAAAGAUGGACUAGUUUAGAAGAAAUAAAAGUUGAAAAAAAAACAAAUUGGUUUAAGAUAAUUAGCUCUGAAGAAUUUCUAAAAAUAAUAGAAUGGAUAUUAAUUGUGAACUUGAGAAUUUAACUUAUUAAUUUUUUAAACAACAUUGAAACUUAUUUCUUUAUUCUAGCUUACCAUCUAAUUCUUACUGCAUACUUUUCUUAUAAGAAUUACUAAGAAAAAUAACCUGAAUUUCCUUAAUUUGCAAUUUCAAUGAUUAAGUAAGCUGGUUUAUUCGCUGUCAUUUUACUAGCAUUCGAAGGUAGAUUCUUAAAUUUACCUAUUCCCGAAACAAUUAAAAGUGUCAGCUUCUUUUUCUUCCCAGUUAUUGUUUUUAGUUAGUACUCAAUUUUGACUGAUGUUAGUCUUACUUUUAAACUCAACAAUAGUAUAGUCAUAUAAGGCUAAAACUGGAAAAUUUAGCGUCUAGCUAUGAUUUGGAUAAAAGCAGUUGAGUUGCAUUAAUUUUAUACCAAUAACUACUAAAAAUCCUUAGCACUUAAAAAACUAAAAUGA